AUGUCUAAAGCAGCAGAGGAGGAGAAGCCUGGGGCUGAGUAUCCAGGGGACAGUUCAGACUCUGACAGGAACAGCCCUGAUGACCAGGUCCAGCCGAUGAAAACAAGCCCCUUCAGCAUCUCUCCCACACCGGCUGGCAGCAAGGGAAAGAGCGAGGAGAGCUCUGAGAUCGUCCGUAGCACCAUUCCUGCUUUAACUCCCUCCCAACAGCAGCAGCAACAGCAGCAGCAGCAGCAACUACAACUACAACAGCAGCAGCAACAACAACAACAGCAGCAACAACAACAACAACAGCAGCAACAGCACCACCACACACAGCUGAUGCUGGCUGGCAGUCAGCUAGCUGGGCUUGCCGCUCUCCUCCCGGCCCAGCAGCAGCUUCUCCUCCAGCAGGCUCAGGCUCAGCUCCUGGCGGCCGCCGUUCAGCAGUCCAACGCCGCCCACGCCGCUCACGCUGCCCACGCCGCCGCGCAGCAACAAGCCAACCAGCAGCAGCAGAGCUUAUCCCAAUCCCAGCAGCAGCAGCAGCAGCAAAUCAAGCAGGAACAAACCAUCCAAGUCCCGCCUCCACAGCAGAUGGCUCUGUCGCAGCCAAUCCAACUCACAGCCCAGGACAUCCAGCAGCUGUUGCAGCUCCAGCAGCUGGUUCUGAUGCCCGGUCAUCAUCUCCAGACCCCUGCCCAGUUCCUCCUGUCUCAGCCCGGGCAGGCACAGCAGCAGCAGCAGCAUGGUUUGCUCUCGACACCAAAUCUGAUCCAGCUACCUCAGCAAAGCCCAGGAGGACUACUGACAAGUCCACCUCGCCUGGGACUCCAAGCACAGAGGGAGAAGAGUAGCGAUGUUGUGCUCAGUGGAAGCGGCGGUGGCUCUAUCGUUGCCACCAGCAGCGGCGGAGUUGUGACAUCUGUUGGAUCUCCUUCAGCCUCCAGCAGCUCCAUGGCCUCCUCAUUGACACCUGGCUUAACUUCUGGAGGUCACGUGGGUCACGGAGGUCAUGGGGGUCAUGGGGGUCACUUGGGCGAAGAGCCUAGCGAUCUAGAGGAGCUGGAGCAGUUUGCCCGCACCUUCAAACAACGACGCAUCAAGCUGGGAUUCACCCAGGGAGACGUCGGGGUUGCUAUGGGCAAACUGUACGGCAACGACUUCAGCCAGACCACCAUCUCCCGAUUCGAAGCACUCAACCUGAGCUUUAAGAACAUGUGCAAACUGAAACCACUGCUCGAGAAGUGGCUGAAUGAUGCAGAAACCAUGGCAGUAGACAGCAUGCUGCCCAGCCCUUCCUCUCUCUCCUCCCCCAUGCUGGGCAUCGAGGGUCUGUCGGGCCGUCGCAGGAAGAAACGCACGAGCAUCGAGACCAACGUGCGAGUGGCCUUAGAGCGCAACUUCUGCAUGAACCAGAAGCCUACCUCGGAGGAGAUCUUGCUCAUGGCGGAUCAGCUCAACAUGGAGAAGGAGGUGAUUCGUGUUUGGUUCUGCAACCGCAGGCAGAAAGAGAAGCGCAUCAACCCCUCCAGCAGCACCACCCCUCCCCUGCCCAGCCAGACCUCGCCUGUUGUGACCCACAAAGCCGCCUGCUACAGCCCGCACAUGAUCUCGAGUCAUGGUCUGUCCCAGGUCACCACCUGUCUCAGCACAACAGCCUCCAGCCCUUCGGCCUCCUGCCCCAUGACUCCCGUCAGCUCGGCCGCAGCAGGCACCACCUCUUCCUCAGUGACCUCCCCACCUCAUAGCACAGCUAGCCCCGCCCCUCCCAGCCUUGCCGGGGCCCUUGGGCUCAACACCGGGAACACAAUGAUGGGAGUAAGCACAGGGAUGAACCAGGCCCUCAUUGGCAGCAAUCCCCUGGCUACCAUGCAAGCCCUGGCAUCGAGCAGUGGUCAGCUGUCCAUCUCCAGUCUGGAUGGGGGAGCAACCCACAUGCUCCUGGGUGGCCCUGGGGGUACCGCCUUACAUCCAUCCCUUCGCUCCUCCCUCUUCCUCAAUCAUCCAGCCCUCCUCCCCAUGGUGACCGGCUCCAUGGCGACAGCCUCCACGCCUGCCAUGUCCCUGGCCAGCAGCAGCAGCGGUGGUGUGUGUGGCCCGAGACUCCCCUUCCCCCAGUCCCCCCCCCCUGGCACCAGCAACCUCAUGAGCCCCACCACGUGCCACGAGGAGUCCGCUUCUCCAUGUUCAAGUCCCGCCUCUUUCUGUUCCUUCAGCGAAGCCUCGCCUCCGCCCCUGGGAGGGGCCAUGGCCGAGUGAUCUCUGACUGACAGCCAAAGUAUCCUUUCAGAGGAGGACGAGGAGGAGGAAGAGUUUAAGGAGCUUUGAAAAUCUAAAUUUUACAACCUCGCCUUUCAACCAAAGCCAUCUCUCUGUCUGAUCCAUCGCCGCUUUCAUCUCUCUCUUUAUGUCUCCCCGCUGAAGUCUUCUGAAGCCAAAAAUAUACACGGACGGAUGACGGGAGGAAGCAAAGAGAGAGGGAUGAUGGAGAGGUUAGAGAGAACUGCAGAACAGAGGGGGGAAAUUUGAAACCAAAUAAUGAUCUACAGCUGGAGAGGUGGCUCUGAGGAGUGUUUUGCUCUGCAUCGGGGGAAACGGAACAGCAUGCUUUUUAUCGGCUGGAGAAAAAAAUAAACUCGAUGAGGGCAGGGAUGAGAAGCGAAACUGUGUUUGAGAAACGGGAGGCAAGAGAAAAGACUUGUUUAACAAGCUCGGAAAGGUCAUGUGGUUGCAACCAAAUUUAAAAAGAAAAAGAUGCUCGAAGAGAAACACACUUACUUACAAAGAUGAAAAACCAAAAUCUCCAAAUACCAAAAACUGUAAACCAAAAAUGACAAAAAACAACAAACGGAGAGAAAAGCUUUAGUUCAGAAAGACUUUCUGAUCUGUCCAGGUUCAGUUCAUACUCCAUACAAACAUUUCCCAUUUCACUCAGGAUUUCCUUUGUCCCCAUUCUUAGUUUUAAAAAGCAUUUAUUUUUUAUUUAUCACUUUUUUAAUGCUAUUUCUUGCCAAAUAUGUGUGUUAAAUGUUUUCCAGCUGAUCCCAGAUGCAGGAUGUCUGACUACCUCUCUCUUUACAGCUUUACAGUGAUGAACACAGAGCAGAGUGUUUGUUUUAACCAGCCUGUCGUGACGGGUGGGGUUUACUAUGUAGCAAAACCCACCCUUCUGGUACGUGAAUAGGAUAAAACAGACAUGCGUUUAAGUUUAAAAAUCCCAUUUGACUGAGUUUAAAAUGACUUUUUUUUGCUUGUUUAGCAGUUUUAAAAGAUUCAAAUUAUUUUAGAGGGAUGAUUUACAACUUUUUUGUUCUUUUUAAUCAUCA